AUGACCAAUAAAUUGCCGAGCUUCCCCAUCAAGGGAAUAUCCGACAAAAGCGAUGUCCAGCCAAGGCAGGACUUGGCUGCUUGGUCCAGCUCCACCAAUGUAGAGAGUAAGGUACAAGUUUCCCUCUUCCUCCGGGCGCUGGACAAGCUCCAGAAGAGAGACCCCGUGAAUGAUCAGCUCUCCUAUUUUCGACUUGCCGGAAUUCAUGGUGCGCCCAGCCAGGCCUGGGACCAUGCUCCGGAUCCCGAGCAAGACUUUAAGGGGACCAUCGGCUACUGCCAUCACAAUGAUUAUUUGUUUCCCACCUGGCAUCGUCCGUACAUGCUGCUCUAUGAGCAAUGUUUGCACGAUAUCAUGAUCCACGAAGUGAUCCCAGGAAUCACAGAUGCCGCUGCCAAGGAUCAGUGGACCAAGGCUGCGAACCGCUGGCGUCUCCCUUACUGGGACUGGGCGAUCAAACAGCCCGACACCAACGAAUACGGCCUCCCUAAAAUCUUGUCUGACGAGACUUUUGAGAUUCUGGAGCUGGGAUCGAGCACCGUGCCUGAUCCGAAUUUCGGUGAUAAUCCGAUGUUCAAAUUCGUGAACCGGGUAAGGAAUUCGCAGAACAAACUGGUGUCCACCCCCAUGGGAGAUCCGGUGAUGGGAAAGUAUGCGAUCAAAUUUGAGGGAACUAAGCUUGGGGAUAUUCCAGUCAAGUUUGGCGAAGCAGCCGGCACUAGCCGCUAUGCGGAUAGCACCAACAAACAGCAAUGGGUGCCAGGCCACGACCUCAACGAGAGGGUUGGGGAGGCGAUCGUCAAGCACAAGUGGAUGGGCGAGGAUCCCAGCACUACGACGAUACAGGCGGUGGUCUCGCGUUUACUGAGUGACUCAUAUUUUCAAGAGUACGAGCCAUUUGCUUCGACCAGAUAUUCCCAGACGCAUCCCGUCGAACACGUCAAGAACAUGUUGCCAACGGAGCAUUUGUCCCUGGAGAUGGUGCAUAACAACAUCCACGAGUGGUCGGGAGGAUCGCAGCGGGAUGACGCUGGUGUACCCACCCAAGGGCACAUGGCGAAUGUCCCGGUGUCCUCAUUUGAUCCGGUCUUCUGGAUGCAUCACUGCAACGUGGAUCGCCUCCUAGCGAUCUGGCAGUACCUCAACCCCGAUAAAUGGGUGAAUGAAGCUGAUGGGUUGUCAAAAAACCUGGAACCCUUUUCCACGGAUCAGAAGAGAACUCCUUGGAACUCCGUCCUAGCCAGGCCGUGGGAACAGUAUGGCUACAAUUAUCCGGAGCUGGUGGGCAACCCCAAGCGGGAGGAUCUCAUCCAGGCCAUCCAAGCCAAAUACGGCGCGGCUGUAAAGCAACUGCGGCCUGCGCAAGGGAAACAUUCGCUACCCGGGAUCAGUCAUGAGAAAUUCCAGGACUACAUCAUCAACAUCAUCUAUGAUCGCAACGCAUUGGACGGAUACCCGUACAAAAUUAGCUUCGCCCUCCUGGUUGACGAGAGAACCCACCUACCCGUCGGCGAGGUCUACAACUUCAGUACCCCGCUAGACUACGACUGUGGAAACUGCCAGACUCAAAAGAAGGAAGGGGUGCUCUCCAAAGCCCAGGUGCCGAUCACGCUGCACCUGCACGAAGCCGUGCGUCGCCACAGCGGGGUUAUUCGCGCGGUGAACUACACCCCUGACGACGAGCCGGGCUUGCGGCCGGAUUACAUGCAGCAUUUCCUCGAGGGGGCGCUGAUCUGGACGGUGACGACGAAUGGCGGACAAGUGAUUGAGCUGAGUGACUUUCCUGGUCUGGAGGUCACCGUGCUUACUGCAGAGGCGCAGUUUAGCGAAACGCAUGCGGCACGUUACCAGCCUGACAAGUACGAGAUAUUGCACCGGGCGACUCAUGGCAAGCCCAGGGGACGACGGCAUCCACACCAUAGAGAGCUUUGA